AUGAUGCCCCCUCGCUGCCACCGCCUCCUCUUCCUCUUCCUUCUCCUCCUCCCUGUGAUGUGGGCAGAUCCAGAGGGCUCUUGUAAACUCCACCUUUUCCAGACCUUCAUCUUCUACAACAACUUUGUGGACAUUUCAUUCUGGGCCACCCUAGAGGAUAUCAUCUUUGCUACCAGGCAGAAAUACACUGGGAACAUCCUCUACCUCCACCCAUGGGUCUAUCCAGCCCUGCCUGCAGCAGAGUGGGAGAACCUGCAAAACCUCUUCAAGGUCUACGUGCACAACUUUAUCCGGUCCCUGUCCAGUGAUGCCACACUGUACAAGAUACCCUACCCCUUUGUGUUCCAGGGCGCGACUGGCUGCGACUUGUAUCCUAAUGGUUCCUAUACCAAAUUCUACCAUCUCGCCUACAACGCCCAUGACUUCCUGAGCUUUGAUGUGGACAAGAGCCGCUGGGAGGGGCAGCAAGAGUGUGAGCUGGCAGCGCAAGUUGAGAGGCAGUUCAACACCUUCACCGGCUUCUCUGUGACCCUGCAGCACCUUCUCAAUGUCACCUGCGUUGACCACAUGAAGAAAUUCAUUGAGUAUGGGAGGGCUGAUCUGGAGAGACAAGAGGCCCCCGUGGCCAUGGUCUUUGCCCGCACACCCAGACCAGACCAGCUCCUGCUGGUUUGCCGCGUCACGGGCUUCUACCCACGACCCAUCAGUGUGGCCUGGCUGCGGGAUGGCCAGGAGGUGCCACCGGGCCCGGCACUCAACACCAGCACCAUCCUGCCCAAUGCCGACCUCACCUACCAGUUCCGCAGCAUCCUUGCCGUGGCCCCUGGUGAUGGGCACAGCUACGCCUGCCGCGUGAGCCACCGCAGUCUGGGCACCCGCAGCCUCCUCAUCCCAUGGGGCAGCUCCAAGGUAGCUCUUAGUGUUGGCAUCACCAUCGUAGUGCUGCUGACCAUGGCUGCAGCCCUUGCUGGGGUCAUCUGGCACUACAGGCGCAGCAGCUGAGACCAUGGGACACACUGCACCACAUAUGCCCCAGGGCCACACUGGCCCCCCACAUCUGCCUGAUAAUAAAGUGCUAAUUAAUAC